UGUCUGCCGGGUCGGUGCAAAAAACACGGACCGAGAGUCAGUGUUUCUGUGGCCGGCUGAGAGGCGUGUUUGUCGGGAUUGAGAGCCGGCGCAUCCCCGCCUCUGUCACCCUGCGUGCGGUAACGGGCACUGCCGUUAUACGCCCCCUGGCGAGAUGUCUUCCUCGGACGAGGAGAGCCUGAGUGAACGUUCGUGUGUGAGCGAGCGUUCGUUCCGCAGUGAGAGGUCCGGGGGCUCUCUCUCGCCCUGCGCCCACAGCACAGCCGGGCCCAAAGGGGACACUCUGCCAUGGAACCUAUCCAAACAUGAGAGACGCAAGCGCAAGAGCCAAGACUCAGUGCUGGACCCCGCGGAGAGGGCAGUUGUGCGAGUCGCAGAUGAACGAGACAGGGUGCAGAAGAAAACUUUCACAAAAUGGGUCAACAAACAUCUCAUAAAGGUGCGGAAGCACAUCACAGACCUGUAUGAGGAUCUAAGGGAUGGGCAUAACCUCAUUUCCCUGCUUGAGGUGCUGUCUGGCGUCACAUUGCACAAGGGCACGUCAACUCUGCGGAGAACGUCUGUGUCACGCGCACUCCCACUCAUCCUGCUGGGUGGGGAGGAUGAGGAGGAUGGAGCUCAGGGACCCAGGGAAAAGGGUCGCAUGCGAUUUCACCGACUCCAGAAUGUGCAGAUCGCCUUAGACUUCCUUAAGCAGAGACAGGUCAAAUUAGUGAAUAUACGCAAUGACGACAUCACAGAUGGGAACCCAAAGCUGACACUGGGACUGAUCUGGACCAUCAUCCUUCACUUCCAGGAUAAAGCUGAUAAAUGUGUGCCGGUCUCUGUCAGUAAACAGAAAUUUACCCCAUCUCAGUUACACUCACCAGGCAUCAGAGCAGGGAGGGAGGGAGGGAUGAGCACGUGGAUAGGAGGAAAGAGCGAGGAGGUGGGAGAGAGGGAGGAGGAGGAAGCUAAAACAGCAGCAGCGUAUUCAGUGAAGCUGCAGCAGACUGUAGAUGAAGCUCUUUUUUCCACUGGUGCCUACCAGUUAGAGCAGAGGAGCUACCCAGCAACUGAGAAGAGGACACAUAAUCGGGAUCGCUGA